UUGGCUCAAACCCACCGGUCCAGUGGCUUUCAUGAAACCUCGCAGUGUAGUUUACGUUUUAUAAUUUCCUAUAUAUUCAAAUUGUUACGCACGUCUGUUUGAAACAGAUAAAGCACUAUUUGUGUGUCAUUUUAGAGGAAUAAAUUCUAUUUUCCGCUGCUAACAUGUAGCCGAGUUAGCAUCUCAAACAACCAGUUACCACUAAGAAGAGAAGCAUCCAGUGAGAAACACCUCCAGGACAACCAGCUGCAAGACAUCGAGGUGACAUGCAGAGUCACAGAUGUAAGCAGAUUGCUUGAAAGAACAUCUGCUGUAAGAAGCCAUCAACAUGUCCUCUGAGGAGGAGACUUCCCAGACGUCCUCGUCUUCUAUGUCUCCCCCUCCUCCCUCCUCCUCCACCACCACCCCCACAUCCCACUUCAUUGGAAAGAAGGAGGACAUUGUCAAGGCUGGCCGUGUGACCAAGCUUGUGAACGGAUGCAGGGAUGUGCUGGUCCUUCACCACCAGGGACAGCUUCAUGCGAUGGAUGUGCGCUGUUACCAUGCAGGUGGUGCAUUACAGCAUGGAGACAUUGAGGAGUUUAAUGGGAGGUUAUGCAUCGUGUGUCCGUGGCACAAGUACAAGAUCACACUAGAAGAAGGGGAAGGGCUUUACCAAGCUGUGGAUGAUCCUACAGUCAGACCCCUGAGGACUUACUGGCGCUCCAAAGGUGUCAAACAGAGGAUUCACAAGGUCACAGAGGUCAACGGGGGUGUAUAUGUAACUUUGAACGACUCCAGCGAGGUCAUCGAGUCAGAUACCUACCAGACUGAGAGAUACAGGACUGGACUCAAAGCCCAGCCUAAACCCAAACCCAGGAAAUAGCUGGAGACUCAAGGAUUCAUUUAUCAGAUUAUCAAAAAUACUUGAAUGUUUCAGGGAUAAUUUUUGAAGCUUUGUUUGUCUACCACUUGGAAACAUCUAAAGCUUCUAACAGGUGAGAUUAGUUCAAGAGAAAGAAGAAGAUGAUAAACUCUGAAGUGUGUAACUGCAAAAGCCAACACGUUGAGUAUGAGCCAGUCUCGGAUGCGGGAGGAAGAAAAACCUAAAAAAAAAUGCGUGAAAUAUUUUGGGACAAGAUGAUUAGGAUGAAAUAUACGACAGUUGUUGCACAGUAUGUGUUGCACAGUAUGUGUUUGACAGUUUACAAUUUCAGUAUGUUUCAUUUGUGAAUCUAAACUUUUGUUCUGAUUGGUGAUCGACUCCAGUGUUUCCUCUAGGAUUUUUUUCAGCAGCAGGCUCUCCGGGGAGCUGUGACGGUGUAAACAAAUGACACUUGACUGCAGUUUUACUUUUACAACCUAUUUAUUGAACGCAGUGUUUCCUCUAUUUUCAUUUAGGAGUGGCGGGCCAUCAUUCCUAAAUCCUCGCCACCGCUCUUACAAAUUUCUUUCCUUUUUUUUCCCCGUUUUUUUUUUUGUUUUUUUUGUUUUUUGUUUUGUUGUAAAUACACCACCGCCGCAUGUCUCCACCUUCACAGCAGAGUCCUGUGCUGGGUCAGGUACUCGUGAGUACUACAGUAAACUACAGAUAACUAUCUAUGGAAACACUGGACUCUUUCUCUCACACACACUGAAGUAUGGCAUUACCGCAAACAUUGAUCAGAUUAGUUCAUAUUAACUGUGUAAAUGCAUCCAUCCUUCCAUCCAUCAAUCCAUCCAUCCAUUAUCUAUAGAGACAGACAACCAAACACACUC